CACACACACACACACACACACACACACACACACACACACACUCACAGCAAAUACUGACAGAUUUACAAUAGCCAGCAGCUGAUAUUUAAUUGUACAGGUAUGAAGUUAACUGCACCAAUGAUUAACAACAAUCCAAUAAAAGAAUUAUGAUUUUUCUUUAAAGAAUUGUCAAUGAAUGACACAUUAUUAUCAUUAUUAUUAUUAUUAUUAGUAGUAGUAGUAGUAUACUUUUUUUAAUUCAACAUUUUUUACAUAAAUGUACAUACAGUAUGUGUGAGUUUUUAACAUAUAUAUGGUACUUCAGUUUCAACAUACUAGUUUGCUUUGGCAAAAAUACAAUAAAGGCACAUGUAAUUGCAGUAUGCUCAAUUUCACUGCUGUCAUGACACACAAUACUCUGUGUAUACUUAACAGCAGAUGAGCCAUAGUGUGCAGUGUUGUUUUUAUUAAUAAUUACUAAAAUACACAGGUGGUCAGACAAAGAGUGCCUCCAUAUUCGAUUAAUUAAUUCAGAAUAAAGUGUGAAUCAUCCUUAGAAACCAGCCAGGCAGCGCUCACCAACCUGGACAAAGCAGAGAGCCCUGCGUAGGGGCAGGUAUACCGGCCACAAAGUUUCUGAGUUUGUCGGCCAGGCCGUAUAUUAUCACCACCGCCAGGCGCAGGGUGGGAACCAGGGACUUCAGUGCAUGAAUAGACAAAAGACUCUUUGACGCUGAGACACACCAUCCCCUCCUCCACCUCCCUGAUCUGCACACAUGGGAACUUAUUGUACGGAUCACACAAUAACGACGCAGCUGUGAAUGUAGUUUGGUGAGAAUUGCAUUUUUAGUUACGAUUUUUAAAAAGCCAAUUUUACGCAGCUAAAAAACAAACGAAUUCCGCCUCAGAAUUAGAAGAUUACAAUCUGUUGAUUAUUAAAGUCAUUUUCAACUCCACAGUUGUGCAGAUUGUGGCUUUUUUGUUUGGGUCGUAGACUGUUGUGGGACAAAGACAUCAACUCGGGCUCUUGGAUAUUUUGAUGGGCAAAUGGAAAUGGCAUUAGAUUUGCAGGUAUUUGGUCAUUAAAAUAUUGGGGAUCUUAUUACAAUUCAAUCUGAGGUGGACAUGAAUGUGUGACACAAAUUUCAUGACAAUCCGUUUAAUAGUUGUGAAGACAUUUCGCUCAAAAUCGCAAAUGUCAAACCCAUGGUGACAUAGAGGAAGAGAGGGGUCACCAAAGUCCUAUACGUCAUCUGAGAUCCAUGAAUGUCAGCUCAAGAUAUCAUGGCAAUCCAUCCAAUAUGAUAUGUACUGUAUCAUGAAGUGACUUGGUGCUGUGGUCCUCUGUCCUUGGCCAUCCCUUCCAGUAAACAUGUCACCUCAGCAAUAUAGAAAUAGCAGUUGUUCCUGCAGCGACAGCUCUCCUUAUCCAUCGUUGUUUGGAGACUGUCACACUAUAUUGUUUCUCCAUGAGGCAAUAUGCCAAUCCGCAAACAGGAUAUCUUACUGUCCUCUAUCAUUGCUAAUACUGAGGUUGGUUAACCAGCCAUGAUAUAGAUCUCUCGGACAUCCUCUGAGGAUGGUUGUGUGUGGGUGUGUGUGUGUGUGUGUGUGUGUGUGUGUGGGUGAGCACUUUUGUCACCAGCUCCUGGCCCUCACUCUUUGUGCAUGAAUCAGAAUCAAGAUCAGAAGAUCCUCUUGUUAUUGUUGAAUAUGAGUGUGUGUCAUCGAGACUACCUUUUCAGAGACAAACAGACAGACAGUAUUUGUAUGUGUUGAAGAAUUUAAGAACGAAAAAGGCAACAGACAGCUCAAAGUUUCAUGUUAUUCACUGCAGCAUUCAUCUUUUCAGCUCUUUAUGAACUCUCCUCUGUUUUAUUAUGUGCCUAAUCUAAAUAAGACACUCCUAUGUCUCUCUUUCUAACUGCUUUUCCAUUUUUUUCCCCCACUGUUGCCUUUUUGUCUCUCUCUUUCCUUGUCCUUGGCCAUCCCUCCCUCCAAACCGUGUGUCGAGUCUUAAGAAGCAGAAAGAUAAGGACGGAGAGAAACGAUUGAGUCAGAGAUGGUGGGUGUAUUAGACAAAAUUGGUUGCCAGAGAUGGGUCGAUAAGAGGGGGAUGGAUAAAUGAACACAAGAGAGGAAAAACCCAAAGCUUCUUUUUUUGUUUUAGGAUGGUUAAAGCCCAGACUUUUCAUAGGGAAAAGUACUUUUUGAAGAGUUUUGGAAUGAAAUGGUUCGGCAGGGCUUCAGCCAGAAUACUUAGUGAAUUGGGAACAAGGGGCAGCAUGGCUGCAUUUAAUAUCAGCCACUCUAUAUAUUAUAGAUAAAGGAAAGCCUUGAGAGCUUCUUUUUCUCCAACGCUGCCCUGCGUGAAUCACCUCAUGCUGCUUCCUCUCUUCUGUCACCCGUGCAGAAUAAAAGAGUGCGAGCAGCAGGAGAGAGGAGCACAUGCUUCAUAUUUCAGAAGAAGUGAAAGAGUAAUGCAGGAAGGUAUUAUAAGGCAGUGCUGACAGAAAAGGAGAAUAUAGCAGAAAAACCAAUAGACUAUAAUGUAAAGCAGCACAUAUGCCUGCAGGAACCAAUAAUUACAUUGAUAAAGUAAUGUUUAAAUUUGAUUGACCUUGUCAAAGGCUUAGUUUGUUGAAUUGUUAAGCAUAUGACAUUGUUUUAGUCAAUGAUGGUGCAAGUCUUAUUAUGAACUGUAUUCCUUUGCAAUGCAUAAAUCACCAUAUUAUCCCCUGGAGCAUUACAUUAUUUUGCAGUGAUUGAGACUGUAAAUCACAAUUAGUCGUUGGUGUGCCAUAUUCAUUUGAAAACCAAUUAGCAGAAUGUGUCGGCUUUAAUAGAGGUCUGACAACCACAAUUUUUAUGACUGACAUUACAAGGAAACGAAAGAGAACUCUGAAGUACAAAGCAGUCAAAAUGAAAAUAAUUCUCACAGGUUGCCCUUUCCAGAUUACCAAGUUUGCAGUGUCUGUUGCUGAUACAUAUGCUACACACAAUAAGGCUGCAUUGACAAUGAGGAACAAUGACCACAAAAAGACAAACGGUGUGUAUUUUAUUGUGUUUCCGUUAUUUUGUCCACCCCAUAUAGCAGAGGAGGAACGAAGGGAAAAAGAAGAGAUGAGAACUAUAAUGUCAUUGUGAUGUUUGAAUACAACAUACACACGUACAAGCACACACUUUUUCACUACCUGCUGCACGGUUUGACGAGACCUUCGUAGAAUUGUUUUAUGUUUCUUUGUUUCUUUGUCUCCGAGAAGCAUCAAAUACACAGGCCUGUCACAGCGACUGAUGAAAGGAGGAAGAGCUGAGCUUAUUUUCUUUGUAUUUUUGGAAUUGAGCUGCUUUUUUAUAAUGUUUCCUUACAGCUCAGGGUAUCACCAGUGAGAUAAUGCAUUAAAGAAAUGGCUGCUUACGUUUACGUGUUGUCUGAUUGGUGUGCUGGCUGAUCAUUUGGUCUGUGUACCCAACAUAAACCCUGGUUUAAUGUAUUGUUAUAACACGUUCAUUCGUACAUUCAACAAAGCACAAAUGCAAUCUUUGUUUGUGUGUGCGCCAGAAUACAUUGAUAAACAACAUCAGUUCACCUGCAGUUAUUUAGAGUCCACUACCAACAUACUAAGUUAAAGACACAUUUAUACCACUAUCAUUAUGCAUUCAUUAUAAACUGUUUUCUUGUUUUGAUUUGAAAUGUCACCUAAACACAUAAAAAAGGCAUAUUCGUAUGGUGUGUUGCUGGAGGGAGUAGACUUUAUGUUAUCACAUAUGGGUCAAAUAUUCCACUGUUUUUUUUUACAGUAAUUUUAAACAUAAGGAAGUUAUAAUAAGACAAUGUUUCAUCUUAUGUUCAAAUGUACGAACUUGCAUUGAGAGUACAAGAAAAACAUCUUUAUUCGUCCGUCCUAAACAUUGUCAAAACCUUGCGAACACUGUUUAUGCGGUUCAUACCUAGAGCAGUAUUUAUCCCACAGUAUGUACAGAUAAUCAUCAGUUCAGGUGUUUAGAGAGACGUGUAACUGUUGAACUUGCACCUUUCAAAAGAAGAUAACCACUCAGAACAGGUCCAGUUAUUUUGAAGAGAAGAAGAGAACGAAUUCAUGAGAGACAGAGAGAAGGAGAGCGUUAAAGUGUGUUAAAGAGUGAACCCAACCCGCCCUCCUCCUCCUCCUCCUCCUGUCACCGAUCCAUACCUGUCCGCCCACUGAUUUCCCAUGAGCCUUUGGGUGAUUGUGGGAAUUUAACCAAGUAGGGCUCCUUUUAGUUACUGUUCAUUUACACAAACACACAUGCAAGUAUACACUCCAUGCGAGAACACAUACUGUACACCAAUGCUCACAUUAGCAUUCCCUCCCACUCGCAUGCACAUACUCACUGUCCUCUGUGUCUUACAUAACAGUUGUGUUUACAAUGAUGGAGGAUAGAUGAGCCGCUUGCGGGAGAAAACCUACAGGCAACAAGUUAAGCGUUCUCUAAUCAAUACAACUGUAACUUCAUUUUUUAUUCUGUGAAAGAUGUUUGUGUAGUGCGCGUUAGUGUUUAUAUUGUCAGGUCUGUCUACAUGCUGCAGAGUCUGCCGAGUGUCUGGUCUUUCAUCACUGUGUUGUUAUAGUGGGUUGCAGUUCACCCUGGUUCACCCCUGGCUCCCUGCCCACAUGGUGAGAGAAACAGAGACACAGAGAGAGAGAGAGAGUGAGAAACAAAGAAAAACUAUUUUCCAUUGCUUCACUCCCCAGGAUCUCUGUUUCAGAUUCUGUGAAUCCCCCCCCCACACACACAAACCCAUCACACCAGUGUCAUUAGACGGCACUUAAGAAGCCCACCAAGAGCGUGCGAGUGAGCUCUGAAAAUUGAGAGGUGGAAAGUUCGGCGGCAGGAGAGACAUACAGAGAGAGCUCCUUAAGAAAGCUAGGAGGUGUCAAGAGAAGUGAGGGAUUACAUUUGGAGAGUUGGUGAUUAUAGUAGCGUGGUGUAAGUACCGCACUUGUCAUGAUCAAAGCUGCUAUUAGUGCACUUAGUGAGGAUCAAAUGGGGCUCAUGUUACAUGAGUGCAAAUGGAGAAGCUGUCAAGAAGUUAAAGUAUUUGAAUUUUUUUUCCCUCUUUUUUCUUAGGUGUUUGGUUGUAUUUUGUCAGCGAGUGGGAAGGUGUAUAGGUUUGGGACUCCGGCAGAACGUAAAUGGCUGUAUUGGGAUUAAUGUGGCCUCUGAGGGCAGUCCCUCUAACCACCCUGCUCAGACUCGGCAUGCUCUCAGGCCCUGUAUAACCUUUGCACCAACACUUUUUGAUGAAUUACCCCCUCGGGGUUAGGGUCCCAUCAAUAAUGCCCAUACACACCUUCAUGUUCUGGUGCAUCCUUCAAAUUUCUGCGCUGAAGCACAGAACUUGAGCAAAGAGUUGCUCCUGACACUUUAUACGUAACCAUAUAUCACAAACGCACGCAUUCCCAAACACAACUAGGCAGUUGCACGGCUUUCGGCGAGAUUUCCAAUCUGGUGGACUAAAUCCCAGUCAAGGUGACCUGUUGUCCUCUGAUGGCUGACAGCAAUGGGACUGAUCUGUCCCCGUUCUAUUAGGACUGAUUAUAUAAUUUAGAUACAGAUGGGUCGUUUAACCCAGCAGCUGUACUCAUCAGACACACCAGACUGAGCCCCCUAGUUAAUGGCUGACAAGAAGCCAUGAGGGUAACAGAGGCUGGCAAUGAAGAGGAAACACAUGGUCACCAGGGUGUCGCAGUGGAUGAAGUAGCCAACCUGUAACCAAAAGGGCUCAAGCCUAUUCAAUGGAACCCCGGAUGUGUUGUCCGCAACAACUUAAGCAGUGUCCCGACUCCUUUUAUGCUCACUCCUACAGUAAAUAACUUACGAGUGGAUCCUGUCCUCACCAACAGGGGGCACAGCAGCUCUGAUUUUUAAACCUGAAUUGUUCGAAUCCAAAUAACUUUAGAAAACGUCCAGAUUUCAGCGAUUUCUGAUACGUCUAAAAUUUCCGUCAGUUGUCUUCCAGUGAGUUGUUCCACCAUCUGAUUUACCACGUGGUGGUAAAAAAACAACUCUUUCCAACGUGUUUGAGGAUGUUGUCGUCUAGUUUGAAAAAACUUCAUUGGAAUUGUCAAAGGACAAACCUGAUCAGUGGUUUUGUGUUCAUGUUCAGUGUGAGAUCCAGGUUGUGACCAGGUCCUUUGAUCUGUACAGUGUAAGCGUUUUAUGCUUUCGCCUUGAGCACAUUAAAACAUAGUGUGGGUUAACAUGAUGUACAUUGUCUGCUCGGGUUAAAACAGAUUGAAGAAUAUGACGAUAUAGCUGACGUUUGAAUUCAAUGACAGAGGUAGGUUGUUUCGCACAAAGUUAGAACACUUGAGAAUUUAUUUAUUUUGAAUGAGCCGACGGUGAGAUAUAUUGUAUGCAUUGGGAUGUAAACAAAGGCAGUGACCUGGAAAGGAAAGUGGAGAUGCUUUUCCAUCAUCUCUUCCAAACAUGCUCUAUUCUAGACCAAUUGUCAAUCGGUGGGCAAAGAACGAGAGUACUGAAGUCAAAAGAAGGGUGGCAAUCAACAACUACUUUUUGAUACAUUAAGUAAUUACUUCUAAAAAACAUAGCAAACAUGAGCAAGUCAGAGGAUGCCAGGCAAGAUGUUUUCAGAGGGAGAAUUAUUUCAUACAGAAACAAAUGUUGCACUUAAUAUUUUUAGUCACCCACCCACGAGUGGGAAGAUAUGCCGUUUCCAUGACUGUUUUAUAUUUAAAUACAGAAUCAAGGUUGGUAAAAUAGAGGAUGUUCUUUAAAUUGGCCAUUUGCGGAUCUCUUACAGGCUGGUCUUAGAGACAAGAUGAGCAGGCGAGAGAGGGACAGUGAAAAAGAAGUCAACGCAUUGUCAAGGAGGGACAGCGGAAGGAAGGGAGAGAUGGAGAGUGAGAGAGAGGGAGAGGGAGGGAGAGGAGAGCUGUUGUAUAGUGUUAAGUCAGCAUCACUGAACCUAGUUUUAGGUCAGAGAGUGGGCUGCUGUGAAAUUGGGUUACCACAAAAAGGUUUGAUUUAAUCAGUGCAAACUGCAAAGUCAUAGUGUGUUUUCGUGUUAUCUGCAAUAUGUCAUGCAGAGAAUGGACAUGAUAAAAAAACUAUUCCAUUUCUCUUUCUUUACCUCCCUCACUCUUCAUUUGCUGUAUCAGUCAUUGCAUGUGUGCACCCACACUGCCUCUCUCCCUGUUAACACCUCAACUCAGCAGCAAGUCGCUCACACGACUCUUAAUAAAAAGGCUCCUCACUCAGAAGACAUACAUGAACAACAUGGAUUAGACACACACACUUGUAUUGAACUGGUGCGACUGUGGUCCGGGGGGGGGGGGGGGUAAGCGCUCCCUGUUGCAGAGAAGAAGACCGACUCUGAAAAUGGAAGCGUAGACUUUUCCUCCUCCUCCCACACAGGCAGCCUGGUUCAGAGGGGCUCCGUCUCUCGGAGGCUCUCAGAACUUCGAGUCACAAAACGCCUGCUGCCUGCCUUCAGACAGGCAAAGAAAGAGAGAGAGAGAGAGAGAGAGAGAGAGAGAGAGAGAGGGAGGCGGGAGGAGGAGGAGGAGAACAGCAGUCAAGCAGCCAAGAGGUUGGGUGUGAAAGCCAGAGGAAGGGAGACACAGGCUUCAGAGGAAUUACAGAGCUCCUGUGUUAGAUGAUAACAUGUAAAAAGGUGUGGAGCAAGAUGUAGCAAAGGCGAGGUGAUGGCAGGAGUUCACAUCGACACAGGCACUUAAGUAAUAUCAGAGACCUUUUGUCACUCGCAGAAUGCCUGAUGCCUUCAAGGAGGAGCAGGUAGCAGCAUGUGAGCCGGUGCUCCUCUUUUCCGACGUCAGGCUCGGCUGACUUUGCUGCCUGCCUGGUGAUAAAAACAAUGGGGAAAUCACAUAAUCUCCCCUGUGGGUUAUUUGUAGACCUCAUGGCCCAGUAAUCCAUUCCUCUUGCUUAUCUCUCACUGUUCAUUUGUCAGUCUUGUCUCCCUUGGGUCCGUCACCCUUUCCUUCCUCAUCCUCCAUGCAGUAGUAGCUUCAUCCCUGGCUUUAUCGAAAAGGAAUACGCUCCCACGGGGUAUAAAGGCUGAGAACAGUAGAAGAGAGGGUGUGUUGGUGUGGAGCAGAGGCAUGGCUUGAGUUUCAUAUUUAUUGUUUUGCUUAUAUUUUACCACAGCAAAGCCAAAGAUUAAUUUCAAUAAGUGUGACAAUUUCUUUUGUUGCUAUUCAUUCAUUUUCUGUAUCAUCUAAUUCCUCUUCCUGUAUUCCUGUACUCGCUAUACAAAUCUCUCACCCCACGUGACCUUUCAGUUCUUUUUCACCAUCACAACGUUGAACUGAUACAGAUUGGAAGAUCAGUCUGAUGCCCAGAGUAAAGAGCAAAGCAGAAGUCUGAAUCUUAAAUCAGUAAAGCUGUGGGCCGAUACAGACCAGUGAAUAUCUCUGAAUAUACCCUCCUGCAUAUAUAACUCUUCUAAUGGUUCAAUUGCCCUGUUGCUAUAUUUUCUGUAGACAAGAUAAUUAACUGUAUAUAAAAGCAGACAGGCGUAAAUUGGUGCCAACAUUAAUGUAAGAAACAUCGAACGAAUAAUUGCUUUGCUAAGAUUUAUGUAUGAAGUCAUACCCAAGCUAUAAAAUGUUGCUAUCUAUGUACUAAAAUAUUAAUUUGGAGUGGGUGCCAACCUUUCCACAAUAACGUAUUCAGAGUGGAGGUAAUGCAUUGGUGAAAUGUAUAAUAUAUAGUAUUGAAAUCUAUAAUUUCGUGUGUAUUUCGCUGCUUUCUUAUAAAUCUAGUUUUUCUGCAGGGCAUAAUGAGCCCCAUAAAAUGGAAGGUAGGAAGAAAAUUGUUUCAUUUCAUGCUAUAAGGGAAGAUUAUGAGUUUGCAUGAGAUAAUGUUUUAGAUCUACAGCAGCUAUGGUUUAUACUGGUCUGUAACUGCCCUCUACUGGUGUACACUGUUCAGUACAGCCAACUAUUCAUAAGUCACAGGACACAGUAAACCCCAGAGUGAGUGGUGGAGUUGAUCUGGUGGAGUUGUACCUCUAAGACCAAACCAGUAGAUAUCACCGCUAUUUCAGAUCUGUGUUUCUCUGUGUUAAAUAUUUACAAACGUAUUCAUGGGUUUACAGGGGUAUGUCAGCAGAUGGAGCAGGAUACUUUGUCAUAUACUCUUGACAUUUGACAUGAUACUUACUGAAGCAAACACACACACACGCCCCCUGAUAAAAGGUUGUCCACUCUUAACAGGGGUUGAAGGAACCAUGUAAGGUCUGUACGUGUGUGGCAACCCGAUCCUUAGAUGCUUACAGACGCACAUAUUUGAACACACACACAAAUAAUUAUAUUCUUCUCAUCUUUAGAACAGCUUUUAAUUAAUAUUCAUAUUUCCCUCACAGCUGGAAGACCCAUGCAUCAUUGGUUACUUUGUAUAUUCCACUAUGGUCUUUGUUGAAGUUAGGUGUGUGUGUGUGUGUGUGUGUGUGUGUGUGUGUGUGCCUGCCAGAUGACUUCCUCCGGAGUUGUGGCUCUGCAGAUUUUUGCCUGCAGGUGGCAGCAGCGUCAUGGAGCUUAUGUUCUGGUGUUUGCUAUCUGCACUGCUGGACAGCCAAUGGCUACAGUGUUGUGCUUAUUAGUAUUAAUCUAACAGAGUUCAGUGGGUUUCCUGCUUCCUGGUACAGUACCAGUAUAAAAUGGCAUAGUAUAGAAAUACUCAAGUGAAGUGUAAGUAUGUCAAAAUUGUCCCUAAGUAAGUACCGAGUAAAUGUAGCCCACUUAGAUGCAUCCCACUGUUGGAUAUCACUCUGUGAAACUGUGGGACUCAAGAAAGUAUGUCGUGUCCAGUGAGAGUGUUUGUGAGUUCGAUUUCAACCUGUGACAUUACAAUACAUGGCACAUGUCUUAUACCUGCUGAAACACAACACUGCUCCUAUUGAACGAGUCAGAUUAGCUGCGACUGUUAAUUAGGGCCCUACCGUAUGCUGAUAGACUGCAGGACACAUCUGCUAGCAAAGCUCCUGAUGCUCCAGUGUUGCACUGUCAUCUAUCUUCUGUAUGAUGUUUGAGGGUUUGCAGGAGUUAUUUUGUGUUGAGAUGCUGCAAUUUCUCUUUUUGGUUGUGCCCACUUUUCCUCAAUCUAGUUUAUCUGAGUUCAACUUUCAAUUAUAGAAUAAAUCUAUACUUUCCCAAACCUGAUCCCCACCGACAUAACUAUGCAGUGCCAUUCCACAAUAAAUCAUACUUGCAGCUUUGGAGAGCCCUCACAGCACAUUCAAGGGGAGGGUAUAAAUAAUCAGGUAAAUUGCGGGACACACUUGCCACACUCCAUAAGCAGAAAAUGUCCAUUACCAUUGAUACGGAUAAUUGCUUUGCUCAUUUAGCUGUUCAGUUACCUCACGUUAUGUUCUGUUUAACUGUAAAUGUGUAACAUCCCUGAAACAAUCUGCGUAUCAUGGUCAUUUUCAAUUGAAUGACGCAUUCAUGUGGAGACAGAUCAAAUAUAUUAAAAGUGCUAUAUAGGACAUUGGGAGCAUUUCUAUUGCCUCUCAACGGCUCUCAACAUGGAGACGACUCAGCUGGCGGCACGCAGCUAAUGAUGCAAACAGUACUUACAGUGCGAAUUAUGGCAAUAGUGCUGACUGAGCUAACAGUGUUUACCGGGGGGGGACUAGAGGGUGGGCGCCGCUAUGGUUCAGCGACGACACCAUGGGUUGGGAUGGUGUCAUCUGCUGACUGUGAGCGAGCCAGUGGGGCACUCUCACAUGCACAAAAAUGCACUAAAUGCACGCACACGCAGCCGGCCGGCUAUUUACACGAAGCAAGAAGAAGCUCAGAUACACACACACAGCCGGAGAGCGACUUCUCAUCAAGGUAGACAUUACUCCACUAUAUAUUUUUAUAGCAAAUAGUUGUUUGCUACUAUGUUAAUGCUCAAAAUCCUAUUUAUGGCACCCUUAUAGUUUAUUGUCUACUUCCAAUCCACACUAGCUAGUUUGUAACAGACCCUAAGAGGGCAAAACCUUUCACACAAAUAUGCAAAUGGAGAGAGAGAGGUUGAAGGGCCAAGAAUGUCUGUCUCAGCUCUGUGACAACUUUGUAUUUAAGUCCCUGAAGCCGAGUGCUUCCACCUGUGCCUCUUUCUCGCUCCUCCCUCCCUUUCUCCUCUCGCCUCCCUUUCUCCUCUCCUUCCCUCCACAGUGGCACGUUCCCUGUGAAUAGAAUGUUGAGUGGGUUUCACCAGCUGGUGCCUUUUGCCUGCAACAUAAAUAGUGUUAAAGACAAAUGUAUGUGUGUCUUUGCCAGAUACUCGAGUGGAGUGUCAGUGUCACUGCCCUCCAACAUUACUGUGGGCCUUUGUGCUCACACAGCAGCCUGCACAGACUGAUGCACCGAUUCCAAAUCUGUAGUAAAUCAUUAUGUUGUCCCUCGCAACACACGGACACACAAACUUGAUCUUUCAUAAUAUUUACCAGCCGCAACACUGGUAUUGUUUUCACCUUGUGAGUCAGUGUGUGUGUGUGUGUGUGUGUGUGUGUGUGUCAUAUUGGUAAAAUAUGGUCCUGGAGACAGCUACUGUAGCAAGAAAUUACCACUGAGGCGGUUUUGAGUACUUUACCAGAUGUGGACGGAUUUUGUGACCCUAUAGUGUCCCAAUCAUGCAAGAUUCAGUCUUGAUACAGAUGUGUAGUUGAGAUAGAGUUCGAUGGCACAAUUUGGCAUCACUGCUCUUGUGAUCCCAGCUCAUCUCUGCAUCUGACUCUCCUUCAGUACAAACCUUUUGUAAAGUUUUGAAACGGGGAAGGGAAAGAGGGAAGCAGGUGAGGUCAAUCAGACAGUCAGUAUAGAUUUAUCCUCCUGUUGACCUGCCAAAAAAAGCUCCAGAUUUCCAGUCUGCUCGGUGAUGUUUCUGACAGUCAGUUCAUGGCGAGGGCAGGUCUUAGGCCUCCAGGGUCUCCAUCCUAAUGACGGAUCCAAUCACUCAGACAGCCUGCGGAUCUGGAGCUUCACUGUCGGGCCAAUAGUGCAGCAACAGUGCCUGCUACUUAAUUAAUCUUUCUUCUUGUCUGUUUGACCUCUCUUUCUGUCUGCCAGCAUGUUCCUCCUUCCUUCCUGCCUCCCCGUCUGUCCAGUUUUCUGUUUUUUGAUCACUGACAUUUUAAGGCUGAAACUAUUUUUAGUCCUUGAAUGAAUACAAUGAAGAGCUGCUGGCAUUUGAUUGAAGUCUCAAUUAACACUAAAUACAAAAGGGUUUGUCAGCGGAUAAUUGGUGCUAAAAGGGCCUGUUGUGUGAGGUGUUGUGUUCUUUGUUUGUGUUGUAUUUCUUGGUAAUAGUCGAUAAUGGACUGCAGCCUGGAUUUGGUCUCUGCUAGGUUCAUAACAUGGACAUCUUGGUGGUGGUGACUCAGACUUCUGGACAGAAACAAUUGAAAAAACACACACACACACACAUACACUCUGAGAACUUGUCUUGGCACAAAUCCUGGACAUGUGUCACGGUGUCUUAAACAACAACACGUGCAGAUAUCUCAUUCUGAAGCAGCCACACCCCUCUCUCCAUUUCUUCUCGUCUCCUCCAUCUUACCCCUCAUAGAAAAUCUUCAUCUUUCCGCUGGGUAGCAGUCAACUAAUUCUGGCUCUGUGUCAUUUUUAAUUUGACCACUGCUUCUUACUAUUUCUGUGUGUCUGUCUGGUUGGCUCAACUAAUGGCGCCACAGUGUUGCAGACAAUCAGAUAUCUGGAGAUGGUCUGACAUGCUCUACCUCACAGUGUCAGAGCUGGAGGUACAAUUGUUUGGUGUUGAAUAUGUAAAGCUUUUCUGAAAGGAAGACAGGUCCCUGCAGCCCAGUCGCCAGGAAAAAAUGUUGGCAUUGUCUGUAAAAGUGACAUGCAGAGCAAGUGACAUAUACAGAGCAGCCUUUGUUGAAAGUUACAUAUAAUAACGAGUAUGAGGGUGAGAAAGUCUACAAAGGGCAGGUGGGAGUGGUGGAAAGGACUUUCACCCAGGAGACCGCUUUUGAGGUCUUGUUUGAAACCAGAAGUAGACAUUGAAAAAAGAUCAUGGUUUGUGUUAUAAUAACAAAACGUAACUCUGCAACGAGCAUAAACACAAAGUACUUCUGUUGCCUAAACCAAAACCAAUCGUUUUGCAAUGUUAACCAUGCGGCAUGCAUGAUAAGAGAAGAAUAUUAAAAGUACUCAUUAAGCGUAUUUUUGGUUCAGGAACUUUUAACAUAUCCUGUGAGUAGGAGCUGUUUCUGCAAUCAAGUGGGUGUAAGACACAAUUGGUCCAGUAGGUGUCACCCUUGUGCUUUAAUAUUGGUAGGUGUGACCAAUACAUAUUCCAUCAAAGGCAAAGAAGCAGAAGUUGAACUUGUUAUUAGCUAGACACUGCUAAGCUGUGCUACAGCAAGUACAUCAAUAAUUAACAUGACGCUCUCCAGUAGCAUUGUGUUUAGCCGCUGCACCCUGGUUAACAGAUAUUGCCUACAUUCGUCUGACUAGGUUGGUCCUUACCUUCCACAGCAGCUGGAUUCUCAUGAUGUCAGGAGAUCACGCAAGAAUCCUGGUAUCUUACCACAUAUCCAUCUUGUCAGGCUUCAAGUAUUGCCUUUGUGUCCGGCAAGCCAGUGCACGGACCAAUCAGCGUCCUGUGAGGAGCUAGAGGCAGCUACGGCGUGGCUUACGUGUGUGUGCGUUCUAAACAACAACGGCAGCUCCUUAAUGUAGAUGCUACAAUAGCCUCAGUUAUAUCAGAACUGGAGAUGGACUGCAGAUGGCUCAUCCUAUCGCCUGCCAAGUAUUCUUUGAAAGUGCCUGCCCCUUUCCAAACAGUUUCCACUUCCAAUGACGGCUUCUCAGACGGCUCUGUAUAGCAAACCAUCUGGCGGGUCAGGUUAGGUUAGUCCCCGAGUGAUAGCUAACACUUGUUUUGAAGGCAGCAGCAUCAUCUCUGAUCACUGCGUGUUGUUGGUAAAGUUAGUACCCAGCCACCCACCAUCAAUAGUUCCCAACUUAGUUCCCAGCAUGACAGUUUCAUGCUGUGACACUGAUUUUGCUUCUAACACAUGCUGGAGUUUUUCUUUUCUUUUUCUUAAAACAUUUACUUUCUUUCAAAAUUAUUAAACAUAAUGUUUUAUUCUGUUUUCCUUAUUUACUACCUUUCUGCGUUAUGCAAUUAGAAUUGCCUUUAUGUUUUGUAGUUGCCUUGCUUUUAAAUUACAGACAUAUAAAUGUUGAGCAGCCUCUUUUUCUUCCAUUCUUUCAUCUUCUGAGCACAAAGCUGUCUGUAUUAAACUCCAUCAUUAGAUCAUACAUGCUGCUGUGUGUGUGUGUGUGUGUGUGUGUGUGUUUGUGGUAGGAGAUGGUACGUUGUAUCAGCCACCAGUGCAAAUCGGUAAUCCUUCAUGCUACACUGAUCACUCCAUCCAUUACUUCAGUUCUUCUUCAGCGCAGUAUGUGUAUGAACUUACGGGUGUGUAUGUGUGCCGGUGUGCUGUCCUUCUCAAACUACAGUGUGACUCUAGACAUCUCUAUUAUUCAUAGGCUUAGGGAGAGGAGCAGUGACCAUGAAGGUGUGUGUGUGUGUGUGUGUGUUUUUGUGUUAAAAUAAGUUUGUUUGUUUCCCUCACAUUCUUUACAAAAUCCUGGCUGCAGAGUUAAAGUUAAAACUAAGAGAUGAGUUUUUAUUGAUUGCCUAUAAUCCCUUCUUAAGAUUAUCUUGCCAGCUUUUAUGAGAAACAUUUCUAAUAUAUUAAAUCUGCUAUUGGAGUUGAGCAAUGCAGUAUGGAUUACCUAAUAUUUCAUAUUGUUGUCAGGCUUGCAGUGUACUGGCAGGUUGAUGAAGACGGGGCCUGAAGGCAGAAGACAAGUUCAGCUGACUGCUGUCUGCUCUAUACUUGCCCUCCAAUGUCAACACAAAUGUAUCUAUAAAUCUGUGCUGCAGUGAGUUUCACAUUCUCCACUAUGUUCAUCAGCUAGUUACCAACUUCGUCAACCUUUUAAAUGCUUGACAGGUAGCUUACAUGGGAUUUUCUUUUCUUUUUUUUCUCUCAAAACAGCUGCGCUUGUUCUAAACAAAAAGUAGGGGAGUUAAUCCUGAUCUGAAUCAUUAGAGAUCCCUGUCCCAAGAAGCCAGGAGUCCCCAUUAAUAAUUAGUAAGUGAUCCUUGUAUGAUCUUUAAUACCGACUCAGAACAACCUUACAGUCUUUCCCACAUGCUCAGAGAGCCCUGACACACCCAAGUAACACAGCAGGACUCUGUCUGACAGCAUUGCAUCGACUCUUGGGUUCAAAACAGCUCGCUGUCCAACGCUCACCUGAACUUUGACCCUAUUCUUUGACUGCUAAAUGAGAAUGAGAGCACAGAGCCUGCAGAAAGAGAGCAAGAACGUUAUAGAGGAAGCAUCUGCCUGACGUUUGAUUGAUUUUCUCCCUGACCUAAGCAACAGACAGGUGUGUAUGUAAGUGUGUGUGUGUGGGUGUGCCACUACCAGAAAAAUCCAUGUCGUCUGAGGUUGCUGUGGCAACGGUAAUCACUUUUAAUUCAGCCUCAGGGAGAAGGAAAGAGUAUAAAGGUGGAGUGGCAGCAGUUUAGUUGGGUAAUGUGGAAGUUGUGGAGGGAGAAACAAUAAAACGUGUCGACGGGAAAACAAGGUAAGUGUGUUUCCUUGUUUAGUGACUCUGCAAGCAUUCACACUGAGUGAGUGGACGCAGAAUGAUAGAGCUUUCCAUUAAAACCUUUCUCAAUGCCACAGGAUGUAAAAGCUCCUCCUCUCUCCCUACUGGCAGGUAAUAAUCCGUUUAUCAGCGACUGGUGAAGGCUGGUAUUUGUCCAACAACCUCUCUCCUGUCAGGCUUUUUCUCUCUUUUUAAAUUUUACCACAUUGGAGAAUGGAGGGAAAUAUAUGAAUUAUGCAUUCUCCUUUUUGCCCCAUCUCCACCUUCCUAUCUGUCUCUUCGUAUUCCUUCACUUUUCCUUUUUGCUCCUAUACUCCACCUCCUCUUCGUCCUUUUCCUCACUGUUAUGAAUGCCAUUAAUGAAAGAGCGAGCGAGAAACAUACAGACAGACAGAGAAGGACGGUGUGUGAUGCUAAUUGAUGGGUUUGCUUCGUUUCCUCUGUCACUUUACUCAACCUCCUGCUGGCUCAAACACACACACACACACACACACACACACACACACACACACACACACUCACUCAAAAGCUGUCGUCUUUAUGAGCCAUGAGUGGAGGAAAAAGAGAGAAAAAAAAAAAACAUCAACAAGAUGUGUGGAGCUCGAGAAAAACCACCACCUGCCACUCAAGACAGCCUUCUUGUAGUAUAGCGCUCACACACGUACACAAACACACACGCACUCUCGCAUGUGCGCCGGUCCGUAAUUUUUCCGCCACACUCUGCUCCCAGCCAAUGAGAGGCCAGAACUGGGCUUCUCAGAACGUGAGGGGGAGGAGGCAGAGAGCGGCUGGCUGAUUGACAGCCAGCACCCUACAGGUGGAGAGAAUAGCGGAGAGAAAGAGAGAGGGGGAAGAACGACAGAGAGAGGAAAGAGAAGGGGUGAGUGAGGAGGAGAAGAGAGGCAGGCACACCUACUGUACACACACACACGCACACACUCACACACUCACAGUGCUCUGUUCCUCUCCUCCUACCUUGAGAGCUUGCUUCCCCCGGCAGACUAGCCGACACAAACACCACCAUCACUAUCAUCACCUCCACCACAGCUGCACCAAGAUGAGCCAGUGCAGGAAAAGGUGCAAGAGGCAGCUCACCAAGGUGGCUCGCUAUUUCUACCACUUCCUCAUGGGAACUCUCACCGAAGACAGCGUGGAAGAUGACUUUGAGUUAUCUACCGUGUGUCAUCGCCCAGAAAGCAUGGACAAGCUGCAGGAGCAGACUAAGUUCACCAAGAAGGAGCUGCAAGUCCUCUACAGGGGCUUCAAAAAUGAGUGUCCCUGUGGUGUGGUGAAUGAGGAGAACUUUAAGACCAUUUACUCCCAGUUCUUUCCACAGGGAGAUUCAAGUAUGUAUGCACAUUUCCUGUUUGAAGCCUUCGACACUAACAACAACGGCUCAGUUAGUUUUGAGGACUUUGUAUUUGGCUUGUCUAUCAUCUUGAGAGGGACCAUUAAUGACCGGUUGAACUGGGCGUUUAACCUCUAUGACCUGAACAAAGAUGGCUGCAUCACCAAAGAGGAGAUGUUGGACAUCAUGAAGUCCAUCUAUGACAUGAUGGGGAAGUACACAUACCCCACUAUGCAGGACGACAUUCCAAGAGAACACGUGGAGAGCUUCUUCCAGAAAAUGGACCGGAAUAAGGACGGGGUGGUCACUAUAGAAGAGUUCAUCGAGUCAUGCAAAAAGGAUGAGAGCAUCAUGCAGUCCAUGCAGCUGUUUGACAACGUCAUCUAAGAAUCGGGACCAGAGAGUACGCUGGCAUCAGGGAGGGGAGCUUGUGUGUAAAAGGAAUCUGGAUUGAAAAGAGAAAGUGUGUGUGUGUGUGUGUGUGUGUGUGUGUGUGUGUGUGUCUUCUGACUUGCAAGCUUGUGCUUGUAUGUCUGUUGAGAGCUGUGAGCCUUCAGGGCACCGAGAGGCCGUCUCCCGCUUCCUAGACCCCCAGUGACAUUUCUCCAAGCAACAAUGGAGUUCCCCCGACCCAUUUCCUCAUCAUGCCGAACCUUAGUUUUACCCAAAAAGGCACAGAGAAAGAAGGCAAGCAGCGGCCUCACAUGAACUGGCACAUGUAAGACCCCCCACCUGUUUUAUUCUAACUUUUAUUUAUUACUAUUACCGAUGGAGGAACUAUCACAGCCUGUAAUGGCUGAACUCAAAGGGAGGACGUUGCCUCCAAACCUUCAUCUGAGCUCACUGUUCCCUGUGAUGGCAGAGAUUUGGAUUUGUGAAUCUGAUCCUGUCUAUGAGUGUGUGGGUAACACCUCCCAGGAGCCGCUAGACUGCUCGCGCACCGGCCAUAGAAAUAGAAAUGAAUCUACCACCCUCUUGUGGACGAGACGGAGAAGGACACUUCCUGUGGAAACAACUGACAAAUUGAAGAUCAAAGUGAUUUUUACAGAUGGAGGUUCAAAUCAUGUUGUUUUCCAUGAGGAACAGAUUACAAUAUCGCAUGAUGAUGUCACUAAUAUCCAAUUAUGUAUUUACAGAGAUACUCCAAAGUCUGCUUGUGUGUCUGCUGUUCCUAGUCAUUCACAGGUGCCUCACCCUUUGCGUAUGUGUGUGUGCAUGUGUAACAAAAGGAGAUGUCCUCCAGCUUACCUAUGUAAGAGUCUAAUGGUACAACACCCACCUCCAUUCAUGGGAUUCUGGUAGGAUAAUUCCGAGCCUUCCAAACUAUUACAGUCCUAGCUGUAGGUGUCUAUUGACUGUUGUACAUUUUCUAGCAUUCCCAAUGGUGUGAUAUUAGGCAGCACAACGUGGGGACUGUACUAAUAGUUGAGGAGCUGUUUUGACCAUCCAAGUUUCUCUCAACACAGGACAAGCAUAACAGUCGUACUAGUCUAUCGAUGUACAUUCAAGGGGAAUUUAUUAGAUUUCAGAUUGUAUUUGUGAACUUCUUGUAAUCGGAAAUGUCAUGUGGCUGUAGCAGGUUCUACCACUUCAAAAAAAAAAAAGAAUUAUUAAAUUAGGCUGAUUCAAUUUCAAGUGGCGUAGUAUGUGUGUGUACUGUUAGUGAGAGAGACAUGGUUUAAUAACAGUUUUUUUAUGCCCCCCCUCAUGCGGUAUUCUCCCUCUUCCUGUAACACCAAAGAGAAGAUAUAAAUUAAAGAGGUAUAUACAGCCACUCUGAGUUCAGAUAUAUAUAGCCCACCUGUGGGUGAGAGAGAGGGAGAUGCUGUGUAGUAUGGAGGGCAAGGGGCAAUCGGAGAUAAAAGGAUAUAAUUUUGGUAAGUGGCGAUGUGGUUUAUCUGCACGUUGUCCAAACUGAAGUUUAGUUUUACGUUGCAAACCCAUAGACAUAUAAAGAAUUUGCAAACACUGAUGGGACUGCUGAUGAAAUUCAGCUCUCUUGCUAACUCUGACAGUAUAUUUCCAAAAACAGCUUCUUUUCAAUCUAGAGUGGUGCAAGUAACGGAGACGCUCAAGCCGCAAUUUAAUAGGCUAUAGUAUCUUUUAAAUGCAGACAUGCUGACAUGAUAUAGCAAUAAUGUUCUUUACCACGUAUCAGCAACUCUCCUCUCAUAGCACAGUAUAGGGUGCACUCAAGCUCUGAUGAAAAUAUGCACUUCCAACCCUGCCAUUUUCUGUUCUGCUUUCUUUAACUUUUUUUCUCUGGGGGAAAAUUGGUUUGGCUGAUUGUUCCUUGCCAAUAGUUUUUAAC